AUGCACAUAGUUUCCUCCUCCUUUAAUGGCGCUUACAACUCUGCACUCACCUCUAAGCGGCUCCAAAUGCUGCGAGAGCAGGAGUUUUCCUGGGGGUAUAAGUGGUUGGAAACUGGCCUCACCUCUGGUCAUCAGGGGAGUGUUUCUUGGAAUCUCUGGAGGCCCUGGAAUAAACCUCCUAGUGAAAGCUACAAGAUCUUCCUUCUUAUUCUAGCACCUCCAGUUGAGUCUACAGACCCCCGAACGGGCUUUGAGCUCGUUGAGGAAGAGGGGCAUUGUCAGCAAGAAAAGUCCAGCAUGAACAUGACAUCUAACAGACAUUCAACCCGGAGAUCCCAGGUCCUGUCUGAGGGAAGACAUAGGAACUCCCAUAAGGUAUCAGUGUCAUUUGAGGAUGUGACUGUGGAAUUCAGCAGAGAGGAGUGGCAGCACUUGGACUCUGCUCAGAGACGCCUGUACCGGGAUGUGACGCUGGAGAACUACAGCCACCUGCUCUCAGUGGGGUAUCAAGUUCCCAAACCUGAGGUCAUCUUCAAGUUGGAGCAAGGAGAAGAACCAUGGACAUUGGAGACUGAAACCCUACAUCAAAGCUGUUCAGAAGAACUGUGGCAAGAUGGUGAACAUGCAGAGAAAUACCAGGAAAAACAAAACAAGCCUCUGAGUCAUGCUACUUUUAUGAGCAAGAAAAUAUUGACUACAGAGUGGUAUUAUGAAAAUAAAGGUAUUGGAAAAUUUGUUCAUCCAAGUCCAAACCUUAUUCCUUCACAGAAAAGACCUCAUAAAGGUGGCUCAGUUGGAAAGGGUUUUAAGCAUAAUUUAGAUGUACAUAUUCAUAGUAAAAACAGUGCACCAAAGAACUUUGAUAAAAUUAUUGGACAGAAUCAAGUUUUCACCCAGAGCACUUCUUAUACUAGCCAUGAAAAUACUCAUACAGGAGUGAAAUUAUGUAGAAGUAAUCAGUGUGGGAAACUCCUCAGCCUCAAACGAGCACUCAGUAAAAAUCUGAAAUUUCCUAUUGGGGAGAAAGCAAAUACAUGUACUGAAUUUGGGAAAAUCUUUGCCCAGAAGUCACACCUGUUUUCACCUCAGGGAAUUCAUACUGUGGAAAAACCUCAUGAACUUAGCAAAUGUGUGAAUGUUUUUACACAGAAGCAGCUGCUCAGUAUAUAUCUGAGAGUUCAAAGAGAUGAAAAACUACAUAUAUGUGCUGAAUGUGGGAAGGCCUUCGUCCAGAAUUCUGAAUUAAUUAUGCAUGAGAAAACUCAUACUAGAGAGAAACCCUAUAAAUGCAGUGAAUGUGGAAAAUCAUUUUUCCAAAUGUCAUCUCUAUUUAGGCAUCAGACAACUCAUACUGGGGAAAAACUGUACGAAUGCAGUGAAUGUGGGAAAGGCUUUUCCCUGAACUCAGCCCUCAAUAUACAUCAAAAAAUCCAUACUGGAGAGAGACACCACAAAUGUAGUGAGUGUGGGAAAGCCUUUACCCAAAAAUCAACACUCCGAAUGCAUCAGAGAAUUCAUACAGGAGAGCGAUCCUAUAUAUGUACUGCAUGUGGGCAGGCCUUCAUCCAGAAAGCACACUUGAUUGCACAUCAGAGAAUUCAUACUGGAGAGAAGCCUUAUGAAUGCAGUGACUGUGGAAAAUCUUUUCCUUCCAAAUCCCAACUCCAGAUGCAUAAGCGAAUCCAUACAGGAGAGAAACCCUAUAUAUGUACUGAAUGUGGGAAGGCCUUUACCAACAGAUCAAAUUUCAAUAAACAUCAAACAAUUCAUACUGGAGAGAAACCCUAUGUUUGUACAGAUUGUGGGAGGGCCUUCAUCCAGAAGUCAGAGUUAAUUACGCAUCAAAGAAUUCAUACUACAGAGAAGCCUUUUAAAUGUCCUGACUGUGAGAAAUCAUUCUCCAAGAAACCACAUCUCAAAGUACAUCAGCGAAUUCACACAGGAGAGAAACCAUACAUAUGUGCAGAAUGUGGGAAAGCCUUCACUGACAGGUCAAAUUUCAAUAAACACCAGACAAUUCAUACUGGAGAUAAACCCUAUAAAUGUAGUGACUGUGGAAAGGGUUUCACACAGAAAUCAGUUCUUAGCAUGCAUCGAAAUAUUCAUGCAUGA